UAUAGCAGUUACUGGCGCGCCGUCAUGCAAUGCGGCGGUUAGUCGUCGUCGGACCGCCGAGCGCGCACUGCGACAGCGACAGCGACAGCGGCUUUUCUCUGCCUGCAAACGUGUGCGGGGCAAGGACUGCGGACAGAAGAAGGUGGCCCAAUCGAUCGCAGGAGCGGGACUCCUCAGCUCCAGUGCAUCGGCAGCUCGGGUACCGCGUGCUUCCGCGUGCGAGGCUUUUCAAACGACUUACGACGCGGCGAUAAGAGUUCGGAGGUUACGAGCGAUAGCGGCCCGAGAGUUUCCAGAGUCGGAGAGCGAGGAAGUGGCGAGUGCGCGCGCGUGUGUCAUCAAUUGAGUCUAAUUGCCGAUCGCCUUGAUGAUCAUUAGGGCAGCGCGCCUGACUCCUGAGUGACGCAUGACGAAAAGCCUCUCCGCGCGCGACAUGCCGGGCCCGCAUAGCAGCUUUCCAUUGUGCAACCCGACGCGCCAGUGCGGAGUAAUUGUCUCUGUGCUUCCAGCGCGGAUGCCGCCGCGAUGAGCAUCGUCGGCGAGGCCGCUGAGAAGCCUGACGAGCGACAUGCUGCUGCCGGUGCUGCUGCUGCUGCUGCUGCUGCUGCUGCUGCAGGGGGCCUUGGCGGUGACGAUCGUCGACCACCACCCCGAUGACGAGUACGUGAUCGAGCACCAGGUGCCCUACGAGAAGGCGCUCGCCGAGGCCGGCAAGCUGCAACUCUAUCCCGGCCCGAUUCCCGGAUGCAAGGCCUGCACCAGGGAGGAGAUGUCCUACUGCCGGGACGGCAGCGUCCUCGAGGACCACUGCUGCUGCGACGGCGCCUACAACGAAGUGCUGGGAUUCGUCGAGCACACCUGCCGCGUCGGGCCGGAGGCCUGCCAGGUCCGGGCGGGCGACUGCGCCGAGUACUCGCGGGUCCGCGAGUGCUGCUGCCACUCCUACCUGGCCUCUCUGUGGAAGUACUUGGCGGGAGGCUGCAGCCGGAGCGCCGCCGUGUCCCACUGGCUGCUCGGACUCGCGCUGCUUCUGGCGGUUCUCCGUCAAGCGGCCCGAUGACCAGAGCCGGCCGAAGCACCACUAGGCGUCUCGUCGAAUUAUUUCGGCUGUGUAGCUCCAAGUAUAUAGCGCGACUGUAUGCAUUACGGCUGGACUCGGAUCGCUCUGCGGCUCGAUUUCGCGAGCUCGCUUGAUGGUCGAUGGUUACGCAAAACUCGGGACACGCACGCGAGCUAUUGUUAACGCAACUUUAUUACCCGGCGGCGCUUGUUUUUCUUCUUUUACGUUUUUAUUGAAAAGCAGCCGCUGCUUCGACGGCAAGCCAAGUCGGUGUAAAUAGAUUGUGUCGAAUCUGUGAAUUAUCAUACACACACUAUCGCGCUCUUUUAGCAUACACCUACGAGCGUGACUUAAGGCACUGCGCUUUUCUCCACAUACAUGACGAAGGCAGAGCACCCUUCGACGUAUCGCUGAUGUACAUAAAAUUGCGAUUCCGCGUCUUCUCGACCGCUUUUUGUAAAGAUACUUACGCGCAGCUUCGCUUACGUUAUUCUGUCCGGCCUGACGGAACGAAAAGGCCUACGCGUACUCUUCAUUGAAAGCUGAAUUUAAAUGACACAAUUAGUACUUAGGCGAUUGCUUCGAUGAUAAAGAAGAGAUGUGAAAUAAAUAUUUUGUCAAACCCAGUG